AUGUCCGCAGGCUACAAGAUCCGAAUUGUCAACGAGGUCGUUCGGCGCCUCUGGGAUCAGGACCCUGAGACUGCUGUCACUCUGAAGGUAAGUCUUGCGGAGAUGUGGCAUGCCGGUUUGUCUACCAGCGCUAACAAGCUUGCUCCUCAACAGCGUUACAUGAGCGAGACCGACUACAUCAAGGACACCAUGCUUGCCGUCGUUAAGGACAUUGGCUAUGCCAUGAACGAACUGGACCUUCGUGACGAGAAGGCUAUCGCCUUCAAUCGCUGUAAGUUUGAUCUUGCCCGCGCUGUCGACGAGCACAACCGUCUCACCCGCGAUGGCUACGAGCAGACCUUCCGUCCUCGUCUCAACUGCAUUGUCCAGGGCCUCAAGCUUGUUGACGAAGACGGCAAGGCCAAGAAGGGCAAUGAGCCCAUGAUGGAAGUGACUCUUCGUUUCCCGGCUCGUGAGUACAACGACAGUCCUCACAGCCUGACUCCCGGCAAGGGCAAUGUCUACCUCAUGAUGAAGGAGCUUUGA